AUGGCAGACAAAAUCCCUCUUGGGAAAUAUCUCUGGACGCGCAUCCGUAAACUCGGAGUUGGACAUGUCAUGGGCGUGCCAGGGGACAUGAACCUCGAGUUGCUCGACUACAUCAAAGAAGUUCCUGGUCUUUCAUGGGUGGGUAACGCCAACGAACUGAAUUCAGCGUACGCCGCGGAUGGGUACGCCCGUGUAAAAGGAGUGCCGGGCGUGUUGGUGACUACACACGGCGUGGGAGAGCUGAGCGCUAUCAACGGUGUGGCCGGGGCAUAUACUGAACAGGUACCGGUGAUACACAUCGUCGGAGCGACGCCUAUGGCAAAUCAGAAGAAACGAGCAAUGAUACACCAUAAUCUCGGCCGCAAUCCGGAUCAUCGGGUCUAUGCCGACAUAUCUGCUCGCGUGAGAUGCCACGUCGCUUACCUGGACGAUGCCGACACGGCACCAGAGUUGAUUGAUGCAACCAUACAAGAGUGCUUGAAUCAGUGGCUGCCGGUAUACAUCUACGUGCCGUUGGACUACGUCCACGUUCUGGUAAAGGAGCCCAAAUCAAAACUGGAGGCGAAUGCUACACAGUCCGCAACCAUGAACGAGAAAGCUUCAUCUCUCAUCUUGGAUUCUCUACGGAAGUCCACCGAGAGAGUCGUUCUCGUGGACGUGUUGGCUACGCGUUAUGGGGCGCUCGAUCUAUUGAGACCGCUCGUCGACGUGCUCAAUUGUCCCAUUUACUGCACCCCAAUGGGCAAAGGCGCCAUCGACGAGACGCAUCCCAGGUACGUCGGUAUCUACAGCGGUGGUACCUCCGCUCCAGGGAUUCAAGAGGCGGUGGAAUCAAGCGAUUGUGCGCUACACCUGGGGCCACUUCUUGCGGACUCCAAUACUGGCGGCUUUUCGACAAAGAUUGCAGAGAGCCGAUUGAUUUUGAUUGAGGCGUAUCAGUCUGUGGUUUUCGGCGAGGUGCUCCAAGGCACACAUAUCAAGGCUGUUUUGGAGGAAAUCCUCAAGUUGGCAACUUCCCAGACUCUGCCCCAGGUUGACCCUCCAGUCCUCCCUGAAAAAAGCUCGACGGAUGAUCCCUUAGAUCCUGCAAUCACACAAUCCUGGCUGUGGAGGUCUUUCGGGAAGUUCCUGCGACCAAACGACCUCCUCAUCGUCGAGGCGGGCACCGCGCAAUUCGGCAUGCCGGACGCCACGUUCCCUGCCAACGUCCGGUACAUCACCCAGGUCUACUACGGGUGCAUUGGCUACUCGGUCGGCUGCUGUGCGGGAGCAGGGUUGGCACAGCGAGAAAUAGAGAGUGAAAAGGGCACGGCAGAGGCGGCCGGGCGCUUGAUCUUGGUCGUGGGAGAUGGGAGCAUCCAGCUCUCGGUGCAGGAGAUCGGGACCAUGAUCAAGACGGGACUGACGCCCAUCAUUAUCCUGCUCAACAACGACGGCUACACCAUCGAACGCGCGAUCCACAAGCCGACCGAAGCGUACCACGACAUUGCCCAGUGGCGUUGGCAAUCAAUGCUCGAGUUCUUCGGCGCUGACAAUGCCACGGCUUCGACCUCGAUCAUCAAGACCCAGGCGGAGCUGGAAUAUAAGAUGGCAUCUUCUGAUGUUACGGCCCCGACCCAGAUCCAGCUGUUGGAGUUGCGCAUGGGCAAGUUCGAUGCUCCGUGGAGACUGAGGCGUCAGGUGGAAAUUGUCAGGGCGAGUAAGGAGAAGGGUUGA